AUGCCAACGCACCUGUGCCUGUGGUCCCUCACCGAUGGCCAAGACGAGAGCAACCGACUCUACUAUUCGCGUUUCGCGAUGCUAGGCUGCAUAAAUGCGCAGUACGGGAGUUCCCUUCCCGUCACUUGCUUUGCCGGGUCCAGGGGCGCCAUCGCCCGGACAACCUUGGGCACAAUCAUCGGCACAGUCAUGCGGCGAGCAUUGUUUUGGGCACCUCUAUCGCCCGCGCCCCAGUCCUCAGUCCUCAACCAGCAGUCCGCAGCCCUCAGUUCUCAGCUGCCUUAG